AUGUCUAAAGCUGCUCUUUUUCUAGCAGUGUUGAUUCUGCUUUCAGUGCUAUGGAGAAGGUGUCGGUAUAACAGGCAAUUAAGUGAUGGUAAUGUGACUAGCAAGAUACUUUACCCAAGCCGACUACAUGCCACUAAAGUCAAGGAACUGUUUCUUGAAAGGAAAAACCUUGGUGGGAGUGGGAAGCGUACUGGACUGUUGCUAUUCGGGAACAAGGCUGAAAGUAAUAAGUACUGCGACACAGUGAGGAAGUUUAGACAGGAGAGGUAUUUCUAUUACUUGAGUGGUGUUGAGCUUCCUGGCUGUGCGAUUAUCCAUGAUUUCUGGAAUGAUAAGGUCAUUCUAUUUCUGCCAAAUGUGAACCAAGAUGAUAUUCUGUGGAGUGGCAUGCCGCUAUCCUUGAAGGAGGCCAAAGAGAAGUACGAAUGCGAUGAGGUUUACCACCUUUCAUCAUUGGAUGAAGUUUUGAAAGAACAAUUCUCUGAACACUCUCUAUUCACUACAGACACGGACAAUUUUGAUAGUGAUUAUGCAAAGUCCGUUGUCCGCUCAUCAGACAAGGAUCUAUUCUACAGCUUGAAGAAGUCGAGGAUGCACAAAAAUUGGUAUGAAAUACGUCAGAUUAAGGAAGCUGUAAAUAUCUCUGAGAGAUGUCAUAGAGCAAUUAUAUCACGACUAUCUCACUUGAAGGCCGAGCUGGACGUCCAAGCCGAGUUUGUUUACGAAGCCAAACGCCAAGGUGCAAGAAUCCUGGCAUAUGAUCCAGUGUGUGCUGCUGGUGCCAAUGGGGGUAUUUUACACUAUGUUAAAAAUCGGGAUUUGAUAAAGAACCAAGUCUCUUUAUUGGUUGAUGCAGGAGUUGAGUUCCAACAAUAUGCAUCUGAUAUUACAAGAAGUCUACCCCUAGGUGGGAAAUUUACCCAUAAUCAUAGACUUAUCUAUGAUGCCGUUUUGGAUAUGCAAAAAUCAGUAGCAGAAAAAAUGAAACCAGGAGUAUACUGGGAAGCAUUGCAUCUUCUUUCGCAUAAAAUCCUUAUUAAACAUUUACUAAGGAUUGGAAUUUUUAGGAAUGAAUUCUCUGAAUUAGAAAUAUUUAAUAGAAAGGCUACUAUUGCUUUUUAUCCUCAUGGAAUUGGACAUCUGAUAGGUUUAGACGUUCAUGAUUGUGGGACAAAUACUGACAAAUUUAAUGAUGAUCUCUAUUUUACAAAUUUGAGGUUUCGUGGUAAGCUUGAAGAGGGCAUGGUUGUCACCAAUGAACCAGGUUGCUACUUUAAUCAUAUGCUCUUGAAGAAAUACCUUUUUAAUUCACCAGAACGCCUACAAGUUGUGAACUUGGAAGUAUUAAAACUCUUCUUUGAAAUUGGUGGCGUAAGAAUUGAAGAUUGCUAUCAUAUAACCAGAAUGAGUAAUGAAAAAUUAGGAUCCUUGCCAUCUAACCCUGACGAAAUAGAAGAAUUAGCAGCUGUUUAA